UAUAAAAAUCAAAAGCAUCCUCUUUAGUUUGUGCUGUUUAACAGUAUGAUUGUACCACGCAACUUAUAUUAUUGAAAUGGCAAUCCGAUAUCCUAUGGCCGUGGGCCUUAAUAAAGGCCACCCUGUCACCAAAAACGUUUCCAAACCCAGACACAGUCGUAGGAGAGGGCAACUGACCAAGCACACCAAGUUCGUGCGCGACAUGAUUCGAGAGGUGUGCGGCUUUGCUCCCUACGAGAGGCGCGCCAUGGAGCUGCUGAAGGUGUCCAAAGACAAGCGUGCGCUCAAGUUCAUCAAGAAGAGGGUGGGAACUCACAUCCGCGCUAAAAGAAAGCGAGAGGAGCUCAGCAACGUCUUGGCUGCCAUGCGCAAGGCAGCAGCCAAGAAGGAAUAAGCAGCCGCUGUCUGUCGGUCUUUCAAAUAAAUCUUUGUAAGUCGUGA